UACGUUCCAAAAAUAACUAGUUAAAAUUAAAAAUUAAAUCAUUUAAAAUUAACUAAUUUAAAUUAAAAGUUAUUAACUUUUUAACUUUAUUAUUAACUUUCAACUUUUUAACCAGUUACUAUCUAACUCUGGCUCUAUAUGAUAUAAUUAUUAAUAUAGUUUAGUUACUUCUGACUAGGUAUUUUUUGAACCAAUCUUAUUUGAUGCUUUUUAAACAUGACUUGUAUAUAUUUUCAACAAUCUCCUCUUUCUACUGACAAAGGUUGCGGAGGGCGGACGUGCUUUCUAACACGUCUCCCAAAACAAUACUUCACGUUCACGCAUUAAUACUCAUAGACAUCUAAUGUACUCAAAGUAACUUAUACAAGGUAUUUUUAUAUAUUUUUAAUCAAUCUAAUUAUUCAUUAUGUAAUCGGAGAGGUGUAAAAAUGGGUUACUUAUUAAUUUCUUGGUAAUUUCGAAUUACACUUGAUAAGGGCCAGAAAUCGUCUUUUGGCUUUUAUCAGGAUUUUUACAUUUAUUUGCCAUUAUUUUGUUCAUUAAUGCUUUAAUAUUAUCUUUUUCUUUUUCUUUAAAAACUUCUGUUGCAUAAUCUGAAAAUGGUAAAUUUUUAAUCAUACCUCAAAAUUGUUUCAUAUACAUUAUAUAAUAUUUAAAAAGACAGGCCUGGUUUCGAAUUUACCAAAUUUGGUUUCAAAUCGAAAAGUCGAUUUUUGUAUCAUAAAACAUUUUUAUAAAAAAUUUUAUACAAAAAGAGCUUCCCAAUCAUUGGGUGUACACACUCAAUGUUCGAGUAUAAACACUCAAAUCUUUGGUGUAAAUACUCAAGAUUUGAGCGUAUACAUCUAAAACUCCUAAAAUCGAGUAUGAACACUCAAUUUUGAGUGUAAACCCUCAAAAUUAAAGUGUUUUUUUUUCCGUAAGGAUAGACCAUAUACAUAUGGCUAUAUAAGACUAUACUUAAAUAGGAUUUACAAGAAUGGUAUAAUUACAUAUUCUCAUAUAUGGCCAUGUAAGAUCAUUUAUGAUUGCACUUUUAUUUCUUAUAUGACGAUAUAUAAACAUAUAUAAAUAUAUUUAUUAAUAUGAACAAAUAGGAGGUAUUUUUUCCCGGGUAGUGUUGCGUCGAGACGCUUUCACACACACACACACACACACACACACACACACUUUCUCACGGAAAGGAAACUAGGCGAGAUCUCGUAAGAACACCAACUUUAUUAAUCGGAACGGAAACGGAUUUACAAAGAGUCCUCCGCGGCAGGAGUUCGGCACAAAACUGACUUACAUAGAUACAUUUGUUUAUAAAUAUUCUCCAGCAACCGAUAUCGAUCGGUCCUACAGCUGACUGGCGGCGCGGAGGAUACCGGGCGACACGCGGCGCGUAACAAUAGUAUGUGACCCCUCUGCAGAUAUACACACAUACCAGUAUUCCUAACAAUUAACAAAACCAGAGAGCAGCUGCUGCCGUUGCCCCGGGCUGCCUGCUCCGAACGGAGCAAUCGUUACAGCUCUAUAACUCCGUUCCUUUCAAUCAGAUUAGCUUGAAACUUUCAGGGAAUAUUUUUGAAUUGUCUUACUUUUAGGAAAUAGCAAAAUUGAAAAAUCGAUUUUUGUAAAUUUACUGACUGCCACUAGCCCCUUAAUGCAAUACCAUUUUAGGUUUUGACAAGGAGAGAUCAUAUGACGGUUUUCGGACACGCGCCAUUAUCACUCACGCUAAAUGUGCGGCCAUUAUCAAAUACAAUCUGUUUAAUAUUCAAUUUCUGUCUGGAAUUUUAUAUCCACGAAAAUCAAACCAGCUGUGUCAAGUCAAAUUAAAACGUCAUGAUUCAUUAGCGUGUCGCGAUUAUGGCAUAGGAAAAGGGUUGAGGUCACUUAUUCUCGCCGGUCGCAUGCACGUGAGAGGGAUGCAUAACUGGAGGGGGAAAUUCGGCUGUGGUUGGUGGGGUGUAAGAGGGGUCUAGCCGGUCCAGGAACCAUGGACUAGGCAUAGCUCUCCUCGUGGAUCAUGAACGCAAUGCCGCAGUGUCACAAUGACCUCCGUGUCGUUAACACGGAGGUUAUUAUGAUACUCCACAAACUGUGAUCACGUGAUAAACGUUCUCAAGUGAAACUCGGUAAAAUUGUCUCGUGUGCAAUGUUAGCAACAUUUCUAUUUGCCGCGACGCUCGCCGUUGCGAGGAUCCAGGCUAGCCAAAUGACGAUGGAGGUUAAGCUACGCAAUAUUCACCUGACCAAGAUAAAACCUUGUUUGUCCUCCUCCGGUAACAUCGGUUGCCGGACGGUUCUCUACACUGCAAAAGUAUUUUAUUUUAAAACGCUUAAAAUGUUCAAAUCCUUGUAGUCAUCUUAAACUUUUUUUCGUCUCCCCACGAUAAAAAUAUUAAAAUUAUCACGUAUAGCUAUUCGAUAUUUUACGUAAGCAGCUCUACUUAUUCGUUUAUUAUUUUUCCGUCGUAAAUUAUCAUGCCAAUAUCUUGAUUACCAUAUGGAUAAUGCAACGGAUAAAUGGUUCACGAUUCCACGUUUGGAUUCAUUGUACUGAUUUGUUGUAACGUUUUGUUAUUUUUAUUAUAAAUUGUUACAUAAGUUUCUGGAAUUUCUUUAUUUGCUGUGGUAGAAAAAACAGCUGGAACUUCAUUUACCCUUUGAACAUUGUAUCGACUGCGAUCGAUGCCUUGUUUUGUUAAAAAUUCUAAUUAUAAUUCCCGUAUAAUGUAAUUUUCACUCAUUUACUGCUGUGCUUGAAUUUCUUCGUGUAUCAUUCGAUAAAACUGGGCAAAAAUAUUAUUUGUUUACAUCGUGUUAUUUAUUAAAUGUAAAAUUUCUUUAUCGAGAUUGGAAUUUUGAUGUAGUCAAUAUUCUGUCGCUUUAUUAUUAUCUACGAUAAAAAGUUGACCAUACCUUGGCAUUUCAUUUGGUGAGGGAUAUAACGCAGUAUUAAAUUGAUAAUAAAUUUGUUCUUGAAUUUUAAAACAAUAAGGUCCGCGUCCUUGUGUGUCAAAAUCCCAAAUAUAUUUGCAUUAAACGAUGUGAAUGAAAAUGUAUUAUUAUAACUUCAAAUACGAUUAUAAAAAUGGUUUGAUUUUGGAUGAUUCCCAGUAAAUAAUUUAUACAUAUAAUAGUAAAAGUAAUUAGAAGCAUUUCAGUUUUUAGUGCAAAAGAGUAUUAAUUAAUUUUUAAAUAUUUUUAAAAAGAAAUCUAUUACACAUAUUCUUUUAUAUCUACAUUAAGUUUACAUCUACAUAUUUAGUAAAUAUCUAUAAAUAUUAAUUAGGCUAAUUGUUAAUUUUUAUGUUGUGUAAAAAUGAAACGCAUUUUUCAAGUGAGCUGAUACUUUUCAAACAAGUUAUAGACUUGAUAUUUCAAACAAAGCUAUAGACUUUAACUUUUGUAUAUAUGUGAGUUAUAUAUUUGUUUAUUGUGUGGUUUGCCGAAUAUUGAAACAUUUCUAUCAUCUGAAAUAAAUUCCAAUUUUAAUAUAAUUUUGUCCGAAGUACUUUUAGAUUUUUUUACUGAAAAUUAGUUGCCGACUAUUUUUGUGCGAAAAAUGGAAGCUAGUUCUAUUGUCAAAUAAAAAAUUCUAAAUAAAUUCUAAUUUUUUAUAUAACUGAUAUUUAUUUUUUUAAAUUGAAAAUUGGUUGCCGAGCCUAUUUUUAUGAAAAAAAUUAAUUUAUAAUUAUAAACCCAAAUGAUUGUACGGAUUCAACCAUCCUUGUAGUAAAAGUGAAAAAUUUCUUUAAAUAUCUUUAAAGAAAAAUGUAUAUGUUGCUUCCAUCGUACUUGUUAAGCAAUAAAAUUAUUGACGAAUCCUUAUUACAUAAAAUUCAAGUAUUAAUUAGUAUUUAUAUUUGUUUCUUUGCAGGUUCAUAGAGACCUCAUAGACACAACAUAGAAAUGACUAUAGAAAUGACAAAAUGCGAAUUUCCUACAAAUUCAUCCCACAUACAAUUUAAAGAACCACAUGAAGUCUAUUUAGAAUUCCGAUUUGAGUCCGCCCGUUUGAAAAGUUUCAAGGACUGGACGUUGUGGAUGAACCCAGAAAUACUUGCGGCAGCCGGAUUUUAUUAUACAGGCGAUGGUGACAAGGUGAAAUGUUUCGAUUGUCUGAUAGAACUAUAUAAAUGGCAGGCAGACGACAAUCCAAUGGUCGAGCAUCAACGGUGGUCCGGCAGAUGUAGAUUUGUACGCAAUAUUCCAUGCGGCAAUGUGCCGAUCAGCACAAAUCCUAAAGUAAAUCCAGCACCGGUGCCUAAAAGAGUGGAUGUACGUAGAGCUUACGAAGACAUCUACAUGCCUUAUUCUGGUCCAGACUAUGAAAAUCAAGAGAUCGAAGAAAAAGUGAAUCAUAUAUUGCGAGAACUUGCGUCAGAAUCGAAACAUCCCGAAUAUGCCAGUUAUCCUGCCAGAUUAGCGUCAUUCGACAGCUGGCCUAAAGCAAUGUCGCAAACUACGGAAAAACUGGUGGCCGCUGGUUUUUAUUACACAGGAAGUAGCGAUGAGACAUUGUGUUAUCACUGUGGUCUAGGAUUGAAAGAUUGGGAGCCACAAGAUGAUCCUUGGGUACAGCAUGCUAAGUGGUUUAAGUAUUGUCGCUAUUUGAUCUUAGCCAAAGGGACGAAAUUUAUAAACAACAUUACUGGAAGAACGUAUAUUGGAACAGAAAACUUAUCGAACGUAGCAACUAUUGAAUUAGAUGAGAAAUUUAAAAAAGUUGAUGAACAAUCUGUUCGACAAGGACGCAAAAUUAUGCAAAAUUUUUGCGACAAGGACGCAAAAUUAUGCAAAAUUUGCUGCAGGAGAAAAAUACGAACUGCAUUUAUCCCAUGUGGACAUUUAGUAGCAUGUGAACAAUGUGCGAAAAAUAUGAAAAAAUGUAACGUAUGCCGUAAACCUGAACCUGAUGAUGAACUUACCAUACUAGAAUUCAUACUCAUAAUAUUUGUAGUCUUGUGUGUUGUAUUACUGAUAAUAUUAAAAUAUUAAAAAAUUUUUUAAUA